AAAAUGGAGACGUCGACCAGGUGUGCUGGGCGCGGUGUCUCUGCCUAGGGAAGCGAGAUGGAGCAGGCUCCACAGACGAGGGGAUAGACGAGAGAAUGGGAGCUCCGCGGCGCAAGAGGAGAGACAGGGCUUUCCUCCAGCCGCAGGAAGACCACGUGCGACAACAAAGUGGCGUGCAAAGGCCAGACUACUUGUUGAAAUUUGAGAAGAAAAGUGUCUUCUCAGAGAGGCUGGCUGGAGAAGACGGAAGUUCAAGACUAGAAGCCUGAGUGAUUGCCCCAAGAACGUGGAUGAUGGCUGCAGAGAUGCCCAGAGUAACCACUCCCCUGAGCCCUUUGGUCCAGGUACCUCAAGAGGAAGAUGAACCGGAGGAGGAGGUCGCCACCAUGAUCCUGGAGGAUGACUCCUGGGUUCAGGAAGCUGUCCUGCAGGAGGAUGGCCCUGAGUCCGAGCCCUUUCCCCAGAGCACUGGCAAGGGCAGCCCGCACGAGGAGGUAGCGGGAGGGCCUCAGGGUGCGCUUGGCCGCCUUCGAGAGCUCUGUCGGCGCUGGCUGAGGCCGGAGGUGCACACCAAGGAGCAGAUGCUGACCGUGCUGCCGAGGGAAAUUCAGGCCUGGCUGCAAGAGCAUCGGCCCGAAAGCAGCGAGGAGGCAGUGGCCCUGGUGGAAGACUUGACCCAGACCCUUCGGGCCAGUGAUUUUGAGAUCCAGAGUGAAAAUGGGGAGAACUCUAACCAAGACCCAUUUGAGGAUGUGGACUCCCAUGAGAUCUUCUCAGAAGCACCUGGAGGGGAGGGUGGCCAGCAGUCUGACUGGGAGAGUGACUUUGAGAGAGACUGUGGCUCCAGGCGGCCCCAGGGAAAUGCCCCCGGCAAGGACCACGGGGAGACGCCACCGUCGGGCAGGGAAGUGGGACAGCUCAUAGGCCUUCAGGGCACCUACCUGAAUGAGAAGCCCUAUGAAUGUCCCCAGUGUGGGAAAACCUUCAGCCGGAAGUCCCACCUAAUUACACACGAGCGGACCCACACGGGGGAAAAAUACUACAAAUGCGACGAGUGCGGAAAAAGCUUUAGCGAUGGUUCGAACUUCAGCCGACACCAAACUACUCACACCGGGGAGAAACCUUACAAGUGCAGGGAUUGUGGGAAGAGCUUUAGCCGGAGCGCCAACCUCAUAACCCACCAGAGGAUCCACACGGGAGAGAAACCCUUUCAGUGCGCCGAGUGUGGCAAGAGUUUCAGCCGGAGCCCCAACCUCAUCGCUCAUCAGCGAACCCACACGGGAGAGAAACCGUACUCGUGCCCCGAGUGUGGCAAGAGUUUCGGCAACCGGUCCAGCCUUAAUACACAUCAGGGAAUCCACACGGGGGAAAAGCCCUACGCGUGUAAGGAGUGUGGCGAGAGCUUCAGUUACAACUCCAACCUAAUCAGGCACCAGAGGAUCCACACGGGGGAGAAACCAUACAAAUGUCCCGACUGUGGGCAGAGGUUCAGCCAGAGCUCGGCGCUCAUCACACACCGGAGGACGCACACGGGUGAGAAGCCCUACCAGUGCAGCGAGUGCGGCAAGAGCUUCAGCCGCAGCUCCAACCUGGCCACGCACCGGCGGACCCACAUGGUGGAGAAGCCCUAUAAGUGCGGGGAGUGCGGGAAGAGCUUCAGCCAGAGCUCCAGCCUGAUCGCGCACCAGGGCAUGCACACGGGCGAGAAGCCCUACGAGUGCCUGACGUGCGGGGAGAGCUUCAGCUGGAGCUCCAACCUCAUCAAGCACCAGAGGAUCCACACGGGGGAGAAGCCCUAUAAAUGCGGCGACUGCGGGAAAUGCUUUAGCCAGCGCUCCCAGCUGGUGGUGCACCAGAGGACUCACACGGGCGAGAAGCCCUAUAAAUGCCUCAUGUGUGGCAAGAGCUUCAGCCGGGGCUCCAUUCUGGUCAUGCACCAGAGAGCCCACUUGGGAGACAAGCCCUACAGGUGUCCCGAAUGCGGGAAAGGCUUUAGCUGGAAUUCCGUUCUCAUUAUCCAUCAGCGAAUCCACACAGGGGAGAAGCCCUACAAGUGCCCUGAGUGUGGCAAAGGCUUCAGCAACAGCUCCAAUUUUAUUACACACCAGAGAACUCACAUGAAAGAGAAACUGUAUUGACGUGGCAGUGAGGGGCCUGGCCUGGGAGAGGGCAUUGUCACCCUGCCCCAAAUAGGGUUGCCUUUGAGAAGAGCCGUUCUUCCUAAAUGCUCUUUGGGGAUUUUUUGCCAGAAUCUUCCACCCGCUCAUCCUCAUUUCUAGGAUGCCGUCAUCUUAGUGGUCGGAGUCAGACCCCAAGAGCAGAGUGUAGGAACAGAAGGUGGGAAAGUUGGGUCUUUUCCUGUAAAUUUCACAACUUGAUUGGCUCCUCCUCUCCUGAUCCUCUGUGCCUCGAUUUCCUCUUUGGUAGGGCAAGGGGUAGUGUUUCUCCAUGUGGGAGAGAAGACAGCCUGGCCACAGCCCCACUGAGUCCUCAGAGAAAUACCGGGGAUCCAUCAGUCGGUCUGGUGGUUUUGCUGCCACUCGUCGGGCUGGUGCCUUCACCCCGAGCUGCUAGCAUUCCAGCUCCCUGCCCAUGGCACAACCAGCUCUUCCUGGCUUUGUGUCCUGGGCUUUGAUUUCAGGUCAAGGUGGAGGGGCUUCUCCAGUUCUGAGUCAUCCUCAUGAAGGUAAAGCCCUUUUCUGUUUCUAGAAAGUCUCAGGAACACCGAAACACUAUGGGCUGGAACCACUGUCCCAGUAACCUCUCCAGUUGAUGAGAGUUGACACAGGGCUGCCAGGAAAGGUAAAAUCGAGAUUUACGUGUUUGCCUUUGUCUCUGCUUACUGUCCUAUGGUAAGUCGGCUGCCAGGGGGAUGCACUACUUCUUGUGGGGUUUCGUCUUUUGAGUGUGAAGUGAAGACAGAGACCUCCCAGCAGCCCACCCCCGGUGGACAGUAGCUUCUUCUCAUCAACAGCGAAACAGCCCUGAGCUCUGCAGGGUGGGCUUGUGUCUCUACCCCACAGAUCACAGCCCCGUUGUCAUCACUCUAUGCACUUGUCAUUUCCCUGUUCUUAGAUUUUUUAUUUUAUAUAUGCAGAGCUAGAAUUCUGUCCGGUAGCCUUUGUAUACUAAGAGCAUUAUUUUUAAGGAAGUGUUGAUUUUAGGGUGCAUCUGUCCCCUGGAGAGAUUUGGGCUUGAAUCAGGAAUUGUCCUACAGGUGUCGCCCUGGAUCUUGGGAUGCUGCCGGGUUUUGUUCUUGUGUCUUUGGGCCUUGAAACAUUAAGACAGGGGGAUGACAGCAGGUGAAGGGGCUUGUUACGAGGGAAGAGGAGAGUAGAUGUGUUUCCGGGAAACGUGAAACUGCCACCUCCUACACAUGGAGCCUGUGCCUAGAACGGGCCUUGGUUCUUACAGGAUGGAUGCUCAGUAUCGCCUAAUAAAGUAG